UUGAUGAAUAGAAAAACCCUUUGGUUCUUGAGUAUUUACUCUUGAAUGAGAGUCUGGUGGAUUCUAAACUUGUUGAGCUCUGUAUCGAUCAAUUAUUCUCCUUGAUCGUGGUCAGGCAUCUACCCUGAUAUUGUUCGAGCCUCUUCCCGUGUGUUGAAGUUGCACGUCAAUCCAUUUCCAUCAUAUCCUUUUAUUUUUGUGUUCUUGAGAAAAUCUCGGAAAACCCUAAAAAGUGAGAGCUGCGUAUUCUGAUUCGUGAGCGAGUUCGGAUUCCCGAAUUCCGCUUACAUCAGAUGGUAUCAGAGCCUGGUUCAAACUCAGUGACAAUUUGAGUGACAAGGAGAAGAAGAUCACAAGAUAUGCUUCAAGCCAUGAUUGAUCCAAAGUAUGUGGCGGACAUGAACGAGUUUGUCGAAGGCACAAAGAAAUUAGUCGACACCGAUCUUUGGAAGGAUAUGCAGAAGACGUUGGUUGUCCUAGUUCAAGCAACAACCGUCCGCGAUAUUAAGGAGGAGCAUCAGAGUUUGGGUUAUGAGGAGGAGGAGACGAAUUUGGUAGCAGAGAAAUCGUCGAACAACUGUCCAGAACUGUAGAAGGAAGAUGGAGAUUCCUACGAGCUGGUCACGGUGGAAAAGGAGAAGAUGGUUUAUUGCGAUCGUUUUCAUGAUGAUCUUUCUUGUAGAAUUUCACAAGCUUUGAGGAUAGUCGCUGCGAAACAAGGCACGAAGAUUGUCGAGCUAGCAGAAGGGGUUCGAGGCUUUUAUGGAGAGGAGCAGGGGCGUAACUUUCAUCUUUCUGUGGAUGAUUGUCUUUUCUAUCACUGGAAGUAUGGGAAGAAGAGACAAGAAGACGGUGAACCUAAAUGGAGGGUUCUAGAGAAUUUCGUUUGGAAGCUAGGUUGGAAAGCUUUGAGGGCAAAGCUUCUUCAACGGGGAGGGACUGAUGUGAUUCCCCAGCCGGACUCGACAGAAGGAAUAAAUGAAUUACUUAAGG